AUGGCACUCCAACGUAAGAGCGGUCAACACAAGCAGAUUCAGACCCCUCUUACGGACCUAUUCAGGAUCCGUCAUCCCAUCAUGCUUGCGGGAAUGGGCCCCGUUUCAAGCCCCAAGCUCGCAGCAGAAGUUACGAAUGCUGGUGGAAUUGGCGUGAUAGGUGGCUAUGGAUAUACCCCGGACCAGCUCCGUGAGCAGAUCAAAGAGCUGAAGUCGUAUCUUCAUGCUCCAGAUGCGGCGUGGGGCGUAGAUCUUUUGAUACCCCAAGUUGGUGGACAGGCUAGGAAGACAAAUUAUGAUUACACAAAAGGGAAACUUGACGAAUUGAUCACCAUUAUAAUCGAGUAUGGUGCAACUGUUUUUGUUUGUGCGGUAGGAAUUCCACCGAAGCAUGUGGUCGAUAGACUUCACCAACAUGGGGUACUAUACAUGAAUAUGAUCGGACACCCAAAGCACGUUCAGAAAUGUCUCAACAAUGAUGUGGAUAUUCUGUGCGCCCAAGGAGGUGAGGGGGGUGGACAUACCGGGAACAUACCGUUCUCGAUUCUCAUUCCAGCUAUUGUGCAAAAUGUUAUGGGUCACAAAAGCAAGUUUACUGGCCAUGAUGUCCAAGUUGUUGCUGCAGGAGGAAUCUCAAAUGGAACGACAAUAGCAGCGGCUUUGAUGAUGGGCGCAACCGGUGUAUGGGUAGGAACCAGAUUCCUCGUCGCACAUGAGGCCAAUUGUUCUAGUGCGCACAAGGAAGCAGUGUUGAGCGCCGACUUCGAUGCAACCGUGCGGACGACAAUUUAUACGGGUCGGCCAUUGCGGGUCAAGAAGACUCCCUACGUUCUUGACUGGGAAACGAAUCGCCAAAAAGAAUUGAAGGAACUGACUUCCAACGGGGUGUUACCUAUAGAUCAUGAUGCUGAACAGCGUGCGGACGACGAUGAGUUCACUGAUAACCUAAGCCCUUUCCUUAUGGGUAAAGUUGCUGGGUUGAUCACGAAAAGGCAGAGUGCUCAAAAUAUUGUGGACGAAUUAUUCAGGGAAACGGUUGACGCACUGGCCCGUGCCAAAGGAUACCUUACUGCCAAGCUAUAA